CUCUGCCCCAAAUUUCCCUCGACGCUGCAGCACAGCACACAGUCACCCACCAAGUGCCGGCGCUUGACAGCUGCCCACCCGACCAAUUGCUGCGACCGUGAAUUUUAAGCUACGCCGCCGUCCCAUCCGUAGACGCCAUCGCGCGCACGCAUCACGCCCACUCGCCCCAUUCUGCGCAGUGUACUUUUAUUUGGCUGGCAACUGCAACAACCCGAUUUAUUAUUUCUUUUUUCGUUCCUCUUUCCUCACACAUCUGCGAGCAUCGGUGGCUGCCUGCUGUAUUUUUUUUGUUGCAACAUCUAUUCUCUAUUCGACUUAAAGAACACACAUACAACCGUCCAAACCACCAGUAUUAUCACCAACCUUACUUAUAAUACAAACGCCACCAUCGCGCUCCGACACUUUCCACUCACCACCUACUUCAAUCAUUCUCGUCAUGAAUAUAUAAUUGACGAAUCACUUUACCGAAAUACGCCAUGGCUUCUAGAUUGGAUCGUCUCGUGACGAUCCUCGAGACUGGAAGUACAAGGCUAAUCCGCGACACUGCCGUCAAUCAGCUGGCCGAUUGGCAAAAGCAGCAUCCCGACGAGCUCUUCAACCUAUUAUCACGAGUUGUCCCCUAUCUGCGUCACAAAGACUGGGAAACAAGAUCAACAGCUGCCAAGGCUAUAGGCAAAAUCAUUGAGAAUGCGCCACUCUACGAACCUAAUGCAGAAGAUGAAUCGCUUGCUCCGAAAAAAGAGGAGGAGUCUACCGACGCUGGGCUCGUAAAGAAGGAAGAAGCUGAUGUCAAACCUCCCGAAGAUAUAUCGGAAAUCUCACUCUUUACCUUCAAGGCUCUCGACAUCGAAUCAAUCCUCAAAUACGGUCGUGAGCUUCUUCGUGGUGGCAGCCGUGAGUUCAACCUUUCGGCCCUAGAACCACAAGCUCGUCUCGAGUAUCAGCGCAAGACAUUACCCCUCCGCCUGGGUCUCCUUGGCCGAAAAGCAGAAGAUGAGGAGCUGGCUGUUCCAGUUGACGCAGAGUCAACGCAACUUACAAACACCGAAUCUACAAAUGGCAAUGGCAUCAAACGAAGCGACAGCGUCGCCACUGCCAGUCAGGGUGGUGAAGAGAACCAAUCCCAGCUAAGCUCAAGACAGCUAAACGUUCUUAAGCGCAAACGCAAGCGAGAAGCUAUGAAAGCAUCACAGGGAAAGAGCAGUUUCGGCGAUCUCUCUCUUCGUCGAUCCACAACAGCAGGCUCCGAAGCAAUUGCCGACGAUACUCAAAUGACUGAAGAAAACGAAAAGCCAAGUGGGAAAAUGGACGAAUACUUCAACUUGGAACGCCCAGCUGAUGUCGAAGAAGACGCCAAAGUUGUUAGCGAGUUCAAGGGACCCAUUGUCCCCAUCAAAUCCGAAAUCGAAGCCGAAGAAUCACUCGAAGGCCUCCAAUGGCCUUACGAACGACUAUGUGAAUUUCUAAAGUCGGACCUUUUUGAUCCUUCGUGGGAUACCCGCCAUGGCGCAGCUAUGGGCUUGCGAGAAAUCAUUCGUGUUCACGGCGCUGGUGCUGGCCGAGCUUUCGGAAAAUCUGUAGAAGACAAUGAUGCUGCCAAUAAGGCGUGGCUGGAAGACCUCUCUUGCCGCCUCUGCUUGGUGUUGAUGUUAGAUCGUUUCACCGAUUACAGUUCCGAUACCUCUGUCGCCCCCAUCCGUGAAACCAUAGGUCAAACCCUUGGUUCAACACUCAAGCAUGUAUCUGAAGGGUCAGUUUACGACAUCUACCGCGUGCUCUACCGGAUGGUGAUGCAAGACGAUCUUAACCUAGAACGUCCUAUCUGGGCUGUUUGCCACGGUGGCAUGGUCGGCCUUCGAUAUGUCGUCGCCGUUAGGAAGGAUCUCCUGCUUAAGGAUAGCGACAUGAUUGAUGGUGUUAUCAAAGCUGUAAUGAAGGGACUGGGUGAUAUGGACGAUGAUGUUCGCUCAGUAAGCGCCGCAACUCUCAUCCCCAUGGCCAAAGAAUUCGUCAGCAUGCGACCAGGAUCAUUAGAUGAGCUUACGAGCAUCGUGUGGGAGAGUUUGUCAAACCUCGGUGAUGAUCUUAGUGCUAGCACUGGUCGCAUUAUGGAUCUGUUGGCCACGCUCUGUGGAUUCCCUGAAGUGCUCGAGGCUAUGAAGAAGUCUGCCCAAGAAGACGAGGAGCGAUCCUUUACCUUGUUGGUACCGCGCCUAUACCCUUUCCUCCGACACACUAUCACCUCUGUGCGUCUUGCGGUUCUCAAGGCUCUACUUACCUUUGCCAAGUUGGCCGACGAAUCUUCGCAGGGCUGGCUUAAUGGCCGAGUAUUAAGAUUGGUGUUCCAGAACAUUCUGGUUGAGAGAGAUAAGGAUACGCUUGAUACCUCGCUGGAGCUAUGGACCGCGCUUGUGCUGAACCUAUCAAAAUCGCCAGAGACUUUGGCCGACGAGUUUGGUCCUCAUAUCGACCCUCUUAUGCAGUUGACCUUGCACCCUAUCGGUGUUUCCCGUUAUCCUCUUCCCAUGAACGCCACAUUAUUCCAGAAACCGUCUGGUGGCACAUAUGUUAAUUCCACUGCCGUUGCGCGCCAAGUUUCUCCGGAAACCACUGACCGAGCCCCGAAGAGGAGACGCAAAUCAGCUAAAACGGAAGAACCCGUAUCGUCGGGUAUGACGCACGAUGUUGAUGGUCAUAUGAUUCAAGGUGACGUCGACCUUGUUACGAUGGAAGUGCUGCUAAGAUCACGCGUCUCUGCUGCUCGUGCCAUGGGUCUCAUUAUGGGUCAUGUUCCUAGCGCCAAAUUGGAUGACUUUGACGCCUUCCUGGUGCCUGGAUUGACCUCUGCUUUCUCCUCUACUCAGUUGACAGCAUGCUUGGUCAUCGAUGAGUUUUCCAAGGUGUGCAAAUCUGAGACCGAUUCCUCACGAUAUGUCGAGCAGGUGCAACGCAUCAUUGAUCUCGAUCGGCCUUCUUGGUACCGAGAUCUGGUUACCUACAUGCAGCGUGUACGCACGCAAUGCCAGCAACUCGUCAACAUGUUCCGUGACCACGGCAAAGUGUCACCUAACAAGCUCCCUCUCUUGCCCGUUGUGGUACAGGGCGAAGCUGAAGCUGGGCCGAGUGCCUUUUCGCUGGCAACCGCUGAUAAAUGCGUUGCAGAUGACUACGAUCGCCUUAAAAAGAUCAUGUCACCUGGCCAGCGUCUUAUUGCUAGCCAGCAGCUCGCCGAAGCCAGGGAAGUGGCACUUGCCGCCAUCGAAGAAGCCAAGUCAUUCAAGGACGCCCGAGACAUCAGAAUUAAAGCUGGUGCUGCAUCUGCUAUGGUAGCAAUCAAGAUGCUCCCGAAGAAGCCAUCGCCAUUGAUCAAGGGUAUCAUGGACUCGGUCAAGACUGAAGAAUCGCAAAUUCUCCAAAGCCGCUCAUCCGACACCAUCGCUAGACUUGUCCAACUAUUUACAGAAAAGGGCCGAAAGGGACCUGCGGAUAAGGUGGUUUCCAACUUGGUCAAGUUUACUUGUGUGGAAGUCGCUGAAACUCCCGAAUUCCCAGUCCACGCGGCAAAGACAGACUGCGUUCUGUCUAUGCAGAAAGAAGAAGACCGUGUGGACCAUGCUGACGCUGCCAAAUGGGCAAAAGAAUCGAAAGCAGCAAGAAUUACAAGACGAGGUGCAAAGGAGGCUCUCGAAAUCUUGUCGUACAUUUACGGCGAUGCUUUGCUCGAGACCGUACCAAGUCUACAAGAGUACAUGGAACAGCCUCUUGUUAAGGCCUUUACAGACACCUUGCCCGCUGAAGCUAAGGAUCCUGAAAAUACGCUGGGCCAAGAGAUUGUUGACGCAUUGUCUGUUAUUAGGACCAUGACUCCAACGUUGGACAAGAAGCUACAUCCUUUCGUCAUGAAAAUGUUGCCGCUCGUCAUCAAAGCGCUACAUUCCGAACUCUCAGUCUUCCGCUACAUGGCCGCGAAGUGUCUGGCCACGAUCUGCAGCGUCAUUACAGUUGAAGGUAUGACAGCUCUUGUUGAGAAAGUCCUACCAUCUAUCAGCAACCCUGUCGAUUUGCAUUUCCGACAAGGUGUUACAGAGGCGAUCUACCAUCUCAUCGCCGUUAUGGGCGACGCUAUUUUGCCCUAUGUCAUCUUCCUCAUUGUCCCUGUUCUUGGUCGCAUGAGUGAUUCGGACAACGAAAUCCGUCUUAUCGCAACAACAUCAUUUGCUACUUUGGUGAAGCUGGUUCCCCUUGAAGCUGGUAUUCCUGAUCCACCUGGCCUAUCUCAGGAGUUGCUCAAAGGCCGUGACCGAGAGCGCACGUUUAUUGCUCAGCUACUUGAUCCGAAGAAGGUCGAGCCGUUCAAGAUCCCGGUGGCUAUCAAGGCCGAACUUCGAUCGUACCAACAGGACGGUGUUAACUGGUUGCACUUCCUGAACAAGUACCACCUACACGGUAUUCUUUGUGACGACAUGGGCCUUGGUAAGACUCUACAAACUCUCUGUAUCGUUGCAAGUGACCACCAUCAACGCCAGGAAGAGUAUGCGAAGACGCAAGCUGAUGAUGUUCGCCCUCUGCCAUCACUGAUUGUCUGCCCACCUACACUCUCUGGUCAUUGGCAGCAAGAGAUCAAGACAUACGCUCCAUUUUUGUCUGUUACCGCUUACGUUGGACCUCCCAAUGAGAGAAAAACAAUGGUGGACCGUCUCGGAAAGAGCGACGUGGUCAUCACAUCUUACGAUGUCUGCAGAAAUGACACGGCCGUAUUAGAGAAGCACAGCUGGAACUACAUCGUGCUCGACGAAGGUCACUUAAUCAAGAACCCGAAGGCCAAGAUUUCGCAGGCGGUGAAGCGCUUUGCCAGCAAUCAUCGCCUUAUCCUUACGGGAACACCUAUCCAAAACAAUGUUUUGGAACUUUGGUCAUUGUUUGAUUUCCUGAUGCCUGGAUUCCUUGGUACAGAAAAGGUAUUUUUGGAUCGAUUUGCCAAACCUAUUGCAGCCAGCCGAUACAGCAAGGCUUCCUCUAAAGAACAAGAAGCUGGCGCUCUUGCUAUCGAAGCACUGCAUAAGCAGGUCCUUCCCUUUCUACUCCGACGAUUGAAAGAAGAGGUGCUCAACGAUUUGCCUCCCAAGAUUCUGCAGAAUUACUACUGUGAUUGCAGUGAUCUGCAAAAGAAGCUGUUUGAAGACUUCCAGAAGAAACAGGGCAAGAAGAUUCAAGAUGAAGCUGGUCGUGAUGAUAAGGAGUCCAAGCAACAUAUCUUCCAGGCACUACAGUAUAUGCGAAAGCUCUGCAACUCACCCGCGAUGGUGAUGAAGCCCGGAACCCCUGUCUACGACGAAACCCAGAAGAUUCUUCAGAAGCGUGGAACGUCGAUAGAGGAUAUUGUACACGCGCCAAAAUUGACUGCAUUGAAGGAUUUGCUGGUAGACUGUGGUAUCGGCACAGACGAUGGGGACAGUAAUGAUCCCCUCUACCAACCUAUCAAACCGCACAGAGCUCUCAUCUUCUGUCAAAUGAAGGAGAUGUUGGAUAUGGUUCAAAACAAGGUGCUUAAGGAGAUGCUUCCUUCAGUAUCGCAUUUGCGCUUGGAUGGCUCCGUCGAAGCAAACAAGCGACAAGAUAUUGUCAACAAGUUCAACAGCGAUCCAUCGUACGACGUCCUUCUCCUUACGACCAGCGUUGGUGGUUUAGGUCUGAACCUUACUGGUGCAGACACGGUUAUCUUUGUUGAACAUGACUGGAAUCCCCAAAAGGAUCUUCAGGCCAUGGAUCGAGCUCACAGAAUUGGCCAGAAGAAGGUUGUCAACGUUUACCGCCUUAUCACUCGAGGUACUCUUGAGGAAAAGAUUAUGAGCUUGCAACGUUUCAAGAUUGACGUGGCUUCGACGGUUGUCAAUCAGCAAAACGCUGGGUUAUCAACCAUGGAUACGGACCAAAUCCUGGAUCUGUUCAACAUUGGCGAUACUGGACCAGGUCUUAUAUCUGACAAGCCACAGAAUGGCGUGGAUGGCAGAGAAGAGGAUAUGGUUGACUUGGAGACGGGCGAUGUCCUGCGACAACCCGGCAAGAAGACUUGGUUGGAUGAUUUGGAGGAACUUUGGGACAAUAAGCAGUAUGAGGAAAGCUUCGACCUUGACGACUUUAUGAAAACAAUGUCGUAGAAGCCAGCACUACUGGCAACACGACAAGCAACUUGUACGAGUAUUAUAGUGGAAUUAUCGGGCACGCGGAAUUAGGAAAAGCAGCCAUGGCAGCGUUUUGUUUUGGGGUCAGAUGUAGCUUCUGGCCUCUAUGUAUAUUUACUUCAAUCCAGGUAGCUGCGGUUGAUUUUGGAAGCGGUCUCUUUUUGUAUUCUUCUUUUUCUCGAUCUUUAGCUUCUACUUCCUAGGCCAUGCUGCGUUGGGGUCUUGCAAUACUAAAGUUUCUCAAGUUAUAUGUGCUCUUGUUCUCAAACAUGGGCCGAAUUCAUGUCCUAACAUCAGUGCAAUUUGCCGUUUGUGUGGUGCUGCUGGUGGCCAGUGUCGCGAUGUUUCUAGAAUGCACGACAAACAUCCGCCUGGGUGGCGCUGGCUACCGUUUUUAGCGCGGGCAGCAGCAGUAAGCUCCCUCUCUUUGGGGUGGAUGGAGGGGCAAACAAAAGAGGCGGG